GAGAGAAAACACCCAUUUUUAAGGGAUGUGGCAAAGUCUUUGACUGGCACUCAACCCAAUCUCAGCAUCAGCAAAUGAAUACUGAAGUGAAAUCAUACAAAUGUGAAGAAUGUGGUAAAACUUUUAAGUACUGCUCAUCCCUAAGGAAACAUAGGCAAAUCCAUACUGGAAAGAAACUCUACAAAUGUAAAGAGUGUGGCAAAGUUUUUAAAAUUCGCUCAACACUUAUUCAGCAUCACAGAAUUCAUACUGGAGAGAAACCUUACAAAUGUAAGGAAUGUGGUAGGUCCUUUAACCAGCUGGCACACCUUACUCGACAUCACAGAAUUCAUACUGGAGAGAAGCCUUACAAAUGUGAAGAAUGUGGCAAGGCCUUUAAGGAGCGCUCACGCCUUGAUCAACAUCACAGAAUUCAUACUGGAGAGAAACCUUACAAAUGUAAGGAAUGUGGUAGGUCCUUUAACCAGCAAGCACACCUUACUCGACAUCACAGAAUUCAUACUGGAGAGAAACCUUACAAAUGUCAAGAAUGUGGCAAGGCCUUUAAAGAGCGCUCAUACCUUGAUCUACAUCACAGAAUUCAUACUGGAGAGAAGCCUUACAAAUGUCAAGAAUGUGACAAGGCCUUUUACCAGAGUUCAUUGCUUAGUGCACAUCACCGAAUUCAUACUGGAGAGAAACCUUACAAAUGUAAGGAUUGUGGCAAGGCCUUUAACAAGCGCUCACGACUUACUCGACAUCACAGAAUUCAUACUGGAGAGAAACCUUACAAAUGUCAAGAAUGUGACAAGGCCUUUAAGUGUCACUCAACCCUUAGUAAUCAUCUCAGAUUUCAUACUGGAGAGAGACCUUAUGAAUGUCAAGAAUGUGGCAAGGCCUUUAAUGAUCGCUCACGCCUUGAUCAACAUCACAGACUUCAUACUGGAGAGAAGAAACUUUACAAGUGUCAAGAAUGUGACAAGGCCUUUUCCCAUAGCUCAUUGCUUAAUAAACAUCACCGAAUUCAUACUGGAGAGAAACCGUACAAAUGUAAGGAGUGUGGCAAGGCUUUUAAACAGUGCUCACACCUUACUCGACAUCACAGAGUUCAUACUGGAGAGAGACCUUACAAAUGUCAGGAAUGUGACAAGGCCUUUAAGGGUCACUCAACCCUUAGUAAUCAUCUCAGAUUUCAUACUGGAGAGAAACCUUACAAAUGUCAAGAUUGUGGCAAGGCCUUUCACCGGAGCUCAUUGCUUACUGCGCAUCACAGAAUUCAUACUGGAGAGAAACCUUACAAAUGUAAGGAAUGUGGUAAGGCCUUUAGCCGAACUUCAGCCCUUACUCAACAUCACCGAAUUCAUACUGGAGAGAAGCCUUACCAAUGUCAAGAAUGCGGCAAGGCCUUUAGCCGGCCUUCACAACUUACUCAACAUCACCGAAUUCAUACUGGAGAGAGACCUUACCAAUGUCAAGAGUGCGGCAAGGCCUUUAGCUGGCCUUUUGACCUUACUUGGCAUCACCGAAUUCAUACUGGAGAUCAACCUUACCAAUGCCAAGAAUGUGGCAAAGCCUUUAACAAGCGCUCACAACUUGAUCAGCAUCACAGAAUUCAUACUGGAGAGAAACCUAUAAAUGUAAGGAAUGUGGCAAGGCCUUUUCGUUGCACUCAAACCUCCUUAAGCAUCACAGAAUUCAUACUGGAGAGAAACCUUACAAAUGUGAAGAAUGUGGCAAGGCCUUUUACUGGCGCUCACACCUUACUAACCAUCAUAGAAGUCAUACUGGCAAGAAACUUUAAAAAUUUAAAGUCUAGGAGUAAGGACUGUAAAACCCUUACAUCACAGACCUUGCAUCCAGUGUAACUGCAGAAUAACUAUACACAUCUAAAGAAGUCCACCCUCUCUCUCCCUGACUCACAACAUCGUAGUUCUCAUAUGGGAGCAACAUGGUACAAUGUGAUGAAUGUGGUGAAACCUUUAAGUGGAAUUCAGUCUAUACUCAGUGUCCCAAUAUGCACACUAUUCAAACCCUAGAAACAUGAUGAUUGUGGAAAGACCCUCAUUUUAAUAUACACGUUCCCAAGCAAAGUGCUAAAGAAGGGAAAUUGAAUCAUACAAAUAAUUAGAAAACUCUCUGAUUGAACAUCUAAUGUCAAUAAAUGUGACAGAUACCAAGUAAAAGGAGUGUAUCAGUCCCUCUAUUCAGAUGGUACUCGUUAGUCCAAGAAAAAGGAUCAAGUUAAACACUUGGAAAAUGCAAAUGCUGUUAUGUUGGAAAGAUUCAGUGGGGGAGUUUUUACAAGGGUACAAUAGUUUUGAUGUGCUUUUUGUUAUAUUGAGCCUUUUUGAGGUUUGUGACCAACAAAUAUUAAUGUACUUUAUUCUCAAAUCACUUCUGGAGAUUGACUUACUUGUACUGGGUGCAUGAAUCCGUGAGCCUGAUUUUUGCUCAGUCAACGACAUUUGAUGCCCUGCUGCCCUCGGGGGGACUCAAUGCAUCCCACAUUUUCCUUGGAAGAUGAGAACUGUGUAAUACAAAACAUGAACGAAGAAAAUCUAAAUGGAGACACUGCUUAGGGUUAUAGCAUUGAUGUAAGUUGCCAUGAAAUAGGUGUUCAGAAGAAUAUUUUUCUCCAUUUACUAAAACUAAAGAACUUCCUGAAUAUUAGACAUAAAAGGUUUUCCUGAUUGCUCUUUU